AUGGGCAGUAAACGCAAGCGCGGAUCCAAGGGCAAUGGCAGUGAGAACCAACCGUCUCACAAAAAGGCCAAGAAGGGUGAAGCCGCUGCCCAGGCGGCCUCCACAGAGGCCCAGAACCUCGAGCUCGAUAAGUCGCCUUUUGCAGAAAAGCUCGCCGCCGAGGACAGAAGACGCGAACAAAAGAUCUAUGACCUGCUCGGCAGCUACGAUAGCGCCGAACAUAUCGCUGCUGCUGAUGCCCUCGUGACUGGGCUUUUGAGCAGCGAUGAGGGCGCCCUCAAGCGACAUCUGGAAAGCCGUCUGUUUCGUGGACUUGCUAGCUCCCGCAAUGCUUCCAGGAUUGGCUUCAGUCUCGUCCUGUCAGAGAUUCUCAGUCAACUUUUUGGCGAAAAGCGCUUGGCUGAGACCAAGUUCCCGGGCCUCACAUUUGACAGUGUCCUGGCCAGCUUGCUGGAGAAGACACAACCAAGCGGCAACAUUUCAGGUCCCGAGGAGCGCGACUUUCACUUUGGGCAGCUCUUUGGUCUCCAGUGCUUUGUAGAGUCCAAAGUUCUGUUUGGAAGUGAUAAUAUAAGAUGGGCCACUAUCUUGGACCUCCUGGUAAAGCUCGCCGACAGGAAGGUCUGGAUGAAGUCGCACUGCGCCUGGGUCAUUGUUCAAAGCCUGCCGCAAAUGGGCCAAGAACGGGCUGGAGAGACGCUCAAGAAGCUGGUGGAGGUCGGCUGGGGAAAGACGGCGGAAGGUGUCGGACUUUGGAUUGCAGCGGCAAGCACGUAUCCGAAACUGAAGAUGCCUAGCAAGCCUUGGUCGGAUCCCAUGGCUACUAAGAGUAUCCCGGAACUCGCCAAUGUGUUGAAGGAGAACGUGAAGCAGGAUACUGGAAACAAGGAGGCUGGUGCUUCGAAAUCUAUGCCCAGCAGUUGGAAUUCUCAGCUUCAUUUUGUUUGGGACCUCAUUCUUGCAUAUUUCAUCGCACAAACCAAGACAAGCAAGGGUGUGGAUACGGAGCAAUUCAAGCUCUUCUGGGGUACUGUCGUUGAUGAUGGACUAUUCUCCAAGAAUGCGACAGAAGGACAAAAAUACCGAGGUUUCCUGAUCUUUCAAAGAUUCCUCGGAGGCCUUGCCUCUAUCAAAGAUAGCACACUUGUCAAGGAAAUGUUCUCGAGAAAUCUCAUGAAAUGCUUAUUGAACCAAGCAGCAAAAGAGGAUCGCUAUCUUCAUCUCGCAGCCAACAAAUCGCUCAAGACGGUUGAAGAUGUGGUGGCCGCCGAACCUGCUUUCCUCUUGCCCGUUCUCACACAGCUUCUCGGCAAACAUGGUGCCUAUGACUUUGACCUGAGAGCAAAGGCCAAAACAAUUGAAAGACUGCUUCAAGCCUCCUUUACCGAGGACGUCGAUGCGAUUUUCGAAUUACUUCAGAAGCCAGUCAUCAAGAUCAAGGAUGGCGACGUUGCCGAGGUCGAGAAGCUUCGACGUGUAUACGCUGACUAUCUGGUCAAGAUUUGUACUUCAGACAAGGUCCAUGACGACGAUAAGACAGAAGUCAGAGGUAGCAUUUUGGAGACCGCAGUCAAGCAAUUGACCAGUUACGCCUACUCCAAGAAAGACACCUCAUUUAGCCCUGAGCUGUCUACCAAGACGAGAGAGUAUUUCCGCAGCAGACUCGAGUCUGCCUUUGCAAAACUUACAAGACGCCAAGAAGACUACAGCUAUCUAUGCAAUGCAGUGCUAGCUAUCGACGCGUCGGCUGUGCAGAUGAGCGAAGAGAUUGAAGCCGAGCGAAAGGCUGCAGUCAAGACUCUCAAGAAACUGGUCAAGGCGUCCACCAAGGCAGGCAAAGGCAGCGGGUCGUCUCUUGGUCUCGCACUGCUGUAUGCUAUCACCAUUUUGCAGCUAUACAACGGCGACGGCGAUGCCCUCAACACCUUGGAGGACCUGAAGCAAUGCUCAGAGAAGAUGGACGAAGCCGAUAAUGACGCUUCGGCUCUUCUCGUGGAAAUCCUGUUGUCCUUGGUGUCGAGGCCUUCUCCCAUGAUGCGUCAGAUCACCCAACAAGUCUUCGAAUCGUAUACGUCUCAACUUACGGAAGAUGCUCUUGGUCGUCUAACAGAUCCACUGAUGGCCGAAGAGAAUAUCAAGGGACAGCAGGCACUAUUCGACGCCGAGGAUGAGGAGAUGUUGGAUGUCGCGGAGGGAUCUGACGGCAGCGAUAAUGAGGAGGACGACGUGGAGGAAGACGAGAUUUCAGAGAUCGGCUCCGAUGUGGAAUUCGUCACCCUGAACGGUGCCGCCCCGGAAGACGAGGAGGAAAGUGACGAGGAAGCCGAGGACGGUGAUGCUCAAGCAUAUGCCGACCUGGAUGCCAAGCUUGAAGAGAUUCUGGGCAGUCACCGUCUUGAUAAAGACAAGGACGCAGACUCGGAUGACGAAUCAGAUUUGUCAGAUUCGGAAAUGAUGGAGUUUGACCAGAAGCUGGCAGAAGUUUUCAAGCAAAGAGUGCAGAAACCAAACAAGAAGAAGGAGAAUCAGGAUGCCAAGGAGACCAUGGUCAUUUUCAAGCACCGGAUAUUGGACUUUCUCGACAUUUACGUCAAGAAAGAGGCUCAGAACCCUCUGGCAUUUGGUCUGCUUCUGCCCCUGCUGCAGCUGAUCCGCACCACUUCGACCAAGGAAAUCGGCAACAAGGCCGCCAAGGUCAUUGGCGAUCUCUCCGAUGCCGUCAAGAAGCAAAAGACCAAGACUGGCGGCUCAGCGGAGCUUUUGCAACAGGUUCUCCAGGAGGCCAGCAAAGAUUCGUCACACGCCUACGCCCGUGCCGUCUCUGCGAGCAGUCUGUUAUUGGCGAGCUCCAUCAACGAUGUCGAAAAGGUCAUGGAUGUGUACUACGCCAGCCUCAAGGACUGGGCACUGCGUGGUGCUACUGUACAGACGAGUCUGUUUUCCGACUGGCUGAACUGGCUGCAAGCUCACCGCAAGACAGCAUAG